AGCAAUAGCCGCUUCAGCGGCGCCGGAGAUGGGCAGAGAGCGCGCGCGGCGAAGCAGUUUCAGAUCCACCGACCUCCCUGCCCGCAGCUCCCUGCGCCCCCACCGCUGCUGUAGCCGCCUCGGCGUCCCUCGGCUCCAGUCCCGCUCCUAGGACAGCGCCGCCACCGCCACCCGGCCCUGCUACCGCCUGCGCCGCGCAACGCUCGCGCGCGCCCCGAAUGGCGCUUCCCCCGCAGACCGGAUUAGAAUGUAAUAACUCAAGGAUUUGAUAAGCAGUGAAGUAAAUUAACAACAGUCUGUGCUUCCUAUGAUAUGCUCCCUCAAUUAAAAAAUUAUGACAUCUGCAUCCAAAGGAAUUCUCCGCCCAUUUUUAAUCGUCUGCAUUAUCCUGAGCUGCUUCAUGGCAUGUCUACUUAUUUACAUCAAGCCCACCAACAGCUGGAUCUUCAGUCCAAUGGAGUCAGCCAGCUCGGUGUUGAAAAUGAAAAAUUUCUUCUCCACCAAAACUGAUUAUUUUAAUGAAACUACUAUUCUGAUUUGGGUAUGGCCAUUUGGGCAGACCUUUGAUCUUACAUCUUGCCAAGCAAAGUUCAACAUCCAAGGAUGCCAUCUCACAACUGACCGUUCCCUAUAUAAUAAAUCUCAUGCUGUCCUGAUUCAUCACCGAGAUAUUAGCUGGGAUCUGACCAAUUUACCUCAACAGGCUAGGCCUCCCUUCCAGAAAUGGAUUUGGAUGAAUUUGGAAUCACCAACUCACACUCCCCAAAAGAGUGGUAUUGAGCACCUGUUCAACCUGACCCUGACUUAUCGCCGUGACUCCGAUAUCCAAGUGCCUUAUGGCUUCUUGAUGGUGAGCACAAACCCCUUUGUGUUUGAAGUGCCAAGCAAAGAGAAGUUGGUGUGUUGGGUUGUAAGUAACUGGAACCCUGAGCAUGCGCGAGUCAAGUAUUACAAUGAACUAAGCAAAAGUAUUGAAAUCCAUACCUAUGGGCAAGCAUUUGGAGAGUAUGUGAAUGGUAAAAAUUUGAUUCCUAUCAUAUCUACUUGCAAAUUUUAUCUUUCCUUUGAAAACUCAAUCCACAAAGAUUACAUCACCGAAAAGCUCUACAAUGCUUUCCUGGCUGGCUCUGUACCUGUUGUGUUGGGACCAUCUAGGGAAAACUAUGAGAAUUAUAUUCCAGCAGAUUCAUUCAUUCAUGUAGAAGAUUAUAACUCUCCCAGUGAGCUAGCAAGGUAUCUAAAGGAAGUUGACAGAAACAAUAAAUUAUACCUUAGUUACUUUAACUGGAGGAAGGACUUCACUGUGUAUCUUCCACGAUUUUGGGAAUCACAUGCAUGCUUGGCUUGUGAUCAUGUAAAAAGGCAUCAAGAAUAUAAAUCUGUUGGUAACUUGGAGAAGUGGUUUUGGAAUUAA